CAGGCGACGAAUCAAUCCUUCCGACGGGUGCAACCAACGCCAGGGAAUCAAACGAUGACGCCGGCGUCGAUCCCCGUCCUCUGCCGUUGUUCAACCCUCCGUCUACCGCUUCCACUCCCCUUGGCACGAAAUCCACCAAGUCCCUGGAUCAUCACCCCGCCAGAGUUGCUUUUUACCGCCAGCCCCCAUUUGGAAACCCCCCGAUUUCGACAGCGAAAUGAGGAUAAAGAUCAAUUCACAAAAGAAAACUUACCGUGGAUAUUGUCGACCAAGAAGCAAACCGUCAACAAUACGAUAGAAAAGAGCGAGGGUUUCGAGGAUGAGGAGGUCGCCGAGGAGGAGGUCGACCACCUCGACCAAUCGGACCACGAACCAGAGGAGGAUAGCCAAUCCGAAGAUGGCCAUCCUGGAGCAAACAUCGGGGAUUCGGACGACACGGAUGCCGUGCGAGAUCCGCAAGCGAACGCAAAGGAGUGGUUCCUCCCAAAUUUGGAGGACACCUUCGAGACCUACAUCGAUCACAGGUGUAUCCUUGACAAGCAAGGGUACCCGAUCUAUCCCAACAGAAAAACAAUCUUCGUGCGCAAACCUGGCGAGACGGUGACGAACUUUGGCACCGUUGGUUUUUCAAAAACAUCCUCAAGCAAUAAGCGAGGUAUCAACAACGAUUGGAAAGUUGUUUGUUACUUCUGCCUGGGGGCCCUGACUGGAAAGCGGACCGAUCCAGCUGCCGGUGCAAAUAGUGUAACUGAGAUCCAUCCAGCUUAUAUCAACAAAGACCGAUUGGCUUAUUACCGGCGUAAGAUGCUUGUCGAAUUGAACUUGGUUCCUGACAAACUUGGGGGAGGAAUAGGAGACAAAUUUGUCUUGGACAUGUUUGCGUGGGCUGCGCGUGGCUUGUUGAUAACGUCUGCUUCAUUCUUGCCACAGAAUGAACACUUCACAUUCCAAACCCAAUGGAUGGCCGAUCGACUACUUGCUAGGGAUGAGAAUAAUCAGGUCUACAGCGGGGGUCUCAUAUCCGAUGUCACGUACCGAUACUUCGAAACAGGCUACUUGCUCUCAACCUCAAUGUACUGCGAAGACCUUCACCGAUGGAUACCGAUCCAACUGACUUGGAUCCGUGGGUUGAGUGAGGAAUACUACAAACUCCAUUUCACCACACUCUUCAGGCAGUUUCAAGCCGCACCAGUAACACCUGCCGAACGUGACACGCUAGUCCGCCAAGUGGUUGACUUCUCCAGUGCUCAAGCCGAGGGUUUUGUCUCAGCGUAUCUGGCAGUCUUUCGUCAGGGAACUCGAAAAGAGGUGAGGUGCAUGCUGAAAGGGUGUCGGGAGCAUUUCCGCCAGUCUGUCACACGAAUCAAGCGUAAUCGGGCUCUCAUGACUGCUGACGAGGAGGAGCCUUUCCGAAAAGCAUGCAUGGAUCUCUUGGAACACCAAGAAGCCGGCGGGAAGACUCAUGAAGAGAAGGUGGACUUCAUUAGGCGACGUUAUCCCAAAGUUCGCAAGUGGCUUGAUUGGUGGACGGUUUCUGACAUUGAGGCCCUCCUCUUUCCAUCGCGACAACCCCGACUCGAGGAUACUCCUGACGGUCUUCCCGAUACUACCAAUGCCCAGGAGAGUAUGCACCGGAUCUACUACAGGCUGAGUGACGGAAAACAGUGCAUCAUGGUUGGAAUGGUUGACCUGUUCUCCUUUGUGAAAAUGUUGGAAGAAGAUUGGAAAGCUGCGAUGAAGGGGAUCCCGAUUUCCUAUGGGGCCAACCCCACCACGGACAUUGGCACCACCCUUGGUAUCGCGAAGAAACGCAAACGUGGCGAAGGGAAGUUCAUCAAUGAUGGAAGGCCCCCGGACACAACAGACGAGCUUGUUGAUGGAAAGAAGAAGAAAAAAGCGAAGCUUGGCAGGCCCCCCAAUUCAACAAACUUCAACAAAAGCCUCUGCCCAUUAUGGCUCCGUGGAAUCAGCGGUCAUGGGAAGGACGUCUUCACCGCAAUUGCUCAUCACUUCUCAUGUCGAUCAACUGGCGAACUAAAUGGCAGUAACGCAAUUCGUUCAACUUUGACGCGUGGACAAAACAUGGUAUUCGAUGUUCUCAGUCCUAAAUAUCCAGGACGAUUCCUUCCCGGCGCGUUUGCUUCUUGCGAUUACUUCCUUGAGGUCGCGUUGGAUCCCCAACUGCACAAGAAGGAUGAGUAUAAGCAGCUCUUCUCGAUUGAUGAACAUCGAACUUUCACCUGCGAACUCCAGCCGAAUAAAUUGCAGAAGCACCCCACUCGAGAUCACCACACCCUUCAUGUCUUGACAAUCAAGCCGCAGAUGUUUGAUGAGAAUCGGAUUCCUCACUCUGAUGUAUCAAAGCUAAUCGAGAUGUGGCAAACCGACGGAUUGCUGGCAACUUCAGGUAUGAUCUGCAAACACUGCAAUCCAAACAAACCAAAACCGAAGCUCCCGAAGAAUGCCAAAAUUCAAAAAGUGUCUUCCGAUGUUGACAUCGUCAAGCUGCUUGGAUCCUCUGAAAACACAUCACACCACAUAAUUGAUCGAUCAAGAUUGGCCGUCCCAGCAAAUGGAGCCCCGCUUCAUCUUAAUUUCUAUGUAGAUGUCACCGGCAUAACCGAUGAGAAACAGAAAAAUAACUUUAUGGGAUCAAUCGAUUGGCCGUUCAAGAUUAACGUUGGAGGCGCCACAUACACUCUGAUCUCCCGGGGCUACUGGCAACAUAAUCACUACUGGUGUAAGGUCCUUCGAAGUGCUAACAUCUAG